AUGAGCAUUUUGGUGUGGAACUGUCGAGGGCUUGGGAACCCUCGGACAGUUAGUGUCCUUAGGAAUUUAUCUAAGGAAAAGUAUCCCACCUUAGUCUUCCUAGUGGAGACUAAGUGCAGAAGAAAAAGGAUGGAGGUGGUAAGGAGAUGUUUGCAGAUGGAUGGAUGUUUCUCAGUGGAUUGUGUGGGUCAUAGUGGGGGUAUUGCUCUCCUAUGGAAAGAGGAAUGGAGUGUUACAAUCAUCAAUAAUACAAGAUGGCACAUUAGUGCUCUAAUCCAGGAAGAAGGCAGUGGAUCAACAUGGCAAUUCACAGGCUUCUAUGGACAUCCUGAUACAGGGAAGAGAAGCAGUAGUUGGCAAUUAUUGAAGAUGCUCAAACCUACUAGCUCCAUGGCUUGGUUGUGUGCUGGAGAUUUCAAUGAGAUUCUCCAUCAAAGAGUUUACUUGGUCGACAGGAGUGGCAGGGACUUUACCAAGGAAAAAAUUGAUAGAGCUCUUGGAAAUAAGGAAUGGAAUGACAUCUAUAACCAUGGCUUGUGCACUGUUCUUCCUGCCAUUAAGUCUUAUCAUUCUCCCUUGUCCAUUGUUUUACAUAACACCAAUGAUGGGAAGAAGAAACGAAGAUGGUGCUUUAGAUCUGAGAUGGCAUGGGAAUUGAAGGAAGAAUGCCAGAGGGUUGUAGGUGAGGCAUGGCAGAAAGUUAGUACAACAAACUGUGAGGCCAGAUUACUGAGGACCAAACUUGGGUUAUGCCAAAAAGAUCUAUUUGUCUGGAGGCAGACACUUAAGCAGCAAGAACAUAUGGAUAUCAUAAAGGGGGAACAAAGUAUUGGCCAUCUACAGAACACAGGUACAGGCGAGCACUUAGCAACUAUGAAACAAAUUCAAAAAGAGGCAAGCCAAAGAAGGAAGAUCAAUGCAAUCAAAUGCAUUGAGGAUUCACAGGGAAGAUGUGUCACUGAACAGGCAGAAAUUGGAGAGAGUGCAUUUGUACCUGGAAGGCUCAUUUCUGACAACACCCUUGUAGCCUAUGAGAUUCUACACUCUAUGAACUCAAGAAUGAAAGGCAAAAGAGGUUUCAUGGCCCUUAAAUUGGACAUGAGCAAGGCCUAUGAUAGGGUUGAGUGGAAAUUCAUUGAAGCCAUCAUGACCAAAAUGGAAUUUCCAGUACACUGGAUCAACAUCAUCAAGGCAUGCCUUAACUCAGUAUCUUACUUAAUCCUUGUAAAUGGAGAACCUCAACAGUGUUUCUUGCCUUCUAGGGGCCUAAGUCAAGGAGAUCCCUUGUCUCCUUAUUUAUUUAUAUUAAGUGCAGAAGCCCUCACCUCUCUUCUAAAUCAAGCUGAGGCAUGUGGCAAAUUGACCCUUGUUUUAAUAGAAAGAGGACCAGUCAGAGUGAACCACAUGUUCUUUGUUGAUGACAGCCUCUUGUUCUGCCAAGCAAAGUCUAAGGAACUCAACUGUGUGCUUCAUAUUCUAGAUCUUUAUGAGAAAGGCUCAGGACAGGUCAUAAACAAUGACAAAUCUGCCAUCUUCUUUAGUAAGAACACUGCCCAAGUAACUCAAAAACAGAUUUUGCAGUUAGCAGGCAAGGAAAUUCUACUCAAGGUUGUCCUCCAAGCCAUCCCCACCUAUGCAAUGGGAAUGUUUUUGCUACCAGCAUCUAUUACCAGUAAGUUGAAUCAGAUGCUCAGGAAGUUUUGGUGGGGUUUCAAUGAAGAUUCCUCCAAAAUUCAGUGGGUCAAUUGGAAGAAACUCAGUAACAGCAAGGAAAUAGGAGGCCUUGGGUUCAGAGACCUGAGAUGCUUUAAUAUUGCUGUGCUCUCGAAGCAAGGCCUUGUUGACACUCUUGAUCCAGGGGAACUCGAUGAGGUAGCAGGCACAAUAAGGGCACUCCAACUAGAAGCUGGUUUUAAUCCAAAUUCUUUGGCAAGGGCUCAUAGUUGGUCAAAACCUGCAGUAGGAUGUUUCAAGGUCAAUUUGGAUGCAACUGUACAAUCGAGGGAGGGGAGGAUUGGCAUAGGAGUACUCAUCAGAGAUCAUCAAGGCUUUGUGAUAGGUGUCCUUCGUGCUAACAGACCCCUAAGAGGCAAUACUUUUGAUGCUGAAGCCUAUGGGCUACUUUUGGAAACUGUUUUCUACAAGGAACUUGGAUUGAGGUAG